AUGCCUAAGAAAAAUAUACAAGGGGGCAGAAACGAACAAAAGGUGCAACUUCAAACCGUGGUGUGUCAGAUCAGGUCGGGUCAGGAACAGGUCACCGACAGGCGGACAUUCAGGCAGGGGCGGGUCCCGGCUAACGGAGCAGGUUUCCUGGUGCUGCGCUCCGGUGCGCGACCCUCUGCUGGGAAGGCAGGCAGAGGGGCAGGAGCGCAGCGCGGGGAGGCGGCGGAGCGCGGGGCCGCGAGUGCACACGCCGCUGCCUCGGAGCGACGCGCCCGGGCGGCGUGGAGCCCCGACGCCGAGCCCCGAGCGGGCGAGCCCAUCCAACGGCCGAGCGCCGGAGAAGGAGUGGAAGAGGGUGAAAAGGAGGAGAAAGAGGGGGAGGUCCUGCCGCGGCCAGAAAAACAGGCCACGCUCGGGGGAGGAGGCAGAAACCGAACACCCAACCGCCGCCCAGCGCCGGGGCUCGGUCCGGCCCGAGUCCGCACCCCGGGCCGCGGGGGCCGGCUCAGCGCCAGCCAGAAGCGGGCGGCGGCGAGCCAGGGAGCGAGAGCCGGCGCCCCCCGAGGACAGGGCGCGCGGCGGGCCCCGCCGGGCCCCGGGCCCCGCCGGCGACGCCGCGGUCCCGGCCCCGCCCGCACUUACGUGGGCCCGAGCUGCAGCAGGGGUGCGGCGCCGAGGCUCCGCGGCUCGGCGGGGCGGGCGCGCGGCGGGGCUGCUGAGGUAGCUGCGGCGGGGCCGGGCUGCGCCUCGCUCGGGUCCGGGCGGCGGGCGCGGGGCCGGCUCCAGCCCUCCUGUUGCUGCCCUGGACGCCGCCGGCCCGUCCAGGUCCUUUGUUGUUGUGCAGCGCUCGGAACAGCUGAUCGGCCGCUCCGCCCGCCGUCGGGCCCGGCCGCCCCGCCCCAGGGCCGCGCCAGGCUGGGCCCCACCAAUCGGCGGCGCGGGAGCCCCGGGGCCGCCCUGCGAGAGGUUGUCACCAACGCACGUGACCUGGCGCGGAGCCGGCAACGCUCCCGACUCAGGAACAAGCCCGGGCAACAAAGCCGGGAGUCGAGCGUGCUGCCCCGGGCGAGUAGGGGCGUCGGGCCCGGGGCCCCCGCACUGGCGCUGCGGGAAGGAGAGCAGGAAGGAGUGCGAGGAAGAGCGGCAAGACCGGGUGUCACGAGUUCUUGGGGGCACUGGGAACGUGGAACAGUUUUAUCCUCUAAGAGAAAGUUUAGGUGGCCGAGAGUGACUCCAGGAUCCCAUUCUGUCCCGUGUAGGGGAAAGCCAGUCACCAUGGAAGGAGACACCAUCAUGCUGUGAAGAAGCCCAAGCUAACAUGUGGAGAGGCCACAUGGUGAGAGAGAGAGAGAGAGAGAGAUGUUUUACCAGCCCCUAGCUGUCCAGUCUAUCUCAGCUGAGGUACCAGGCAUGAGUGUAAAAGCCCUCCAGGAAGUUCAGCUUCAGCAGACAUCACAUGAAGCAAGUGGAAGUAAGGCAUCCCCACUGAGUCCUGCCAAAAUGUCAUAUAUGGAGUAAACAUUAUUAUUGUCUUAGA